GACAAUCAAUCAGUCAAUGAAACCUAUUUUUGCUGCAAAUAAACGUCAAUUUCUUCUAUGAGUAAUGUAAUGACACUUUGAGUCACUUUGUUUUGUACAAUUUAUUUAUUGAUUGUGAGAGUAAAUUAUUAUUUUAGGAUUGAUAUACAUAGGAUUUAAGUAACUAUAUAUAUUUGCUGCAAAGCCCAGACAAGACAUUGGAACCCAAACAUGGCCAUGGAUAUUUCACCAGCUACUUCAAGGCCUAAUGUGGAGACAUGUAAUAGUCCACUGGGGCAUGUGUCAGCAGUAUACAAAUGUAAAACAAGUGAAGCAACUAACCUGUGUGUCUAUGACGCCUUAAGCAAACUAAAUGAUAAUGGCGAAUUUGAUAUUGGAGGCACUUACACGGACUCUCCAAGCCAACCUGAGUUCUGGUUCUUCUACACCACAUCUGUAUGCCAUGGAGGCAAUCAUUUACUCAAUUUAUUUGUGUGCCAUAGAAAAACUGGCUCAUUUGCCAUAGAUAUCUCCAACUCAAAUGAACUGACACAAAAAGUAGGAGAUGAUGUUCCCCAUUUACUGAUACCAGACACGAUGGCCAACUACACAUUCAAGUCAACGAAACCGAAUCAAAACUUUUUCAUAAAAACCUUCUGUUUCAAACGAUUAGAACGCUUUAACCAGUCCUGCACUUUAUUUAUACCGAUAAAAAUAACUGUCAACCCAAAGUUUGUGCUGAAUGUAAAUGUUGUGAAAUCUAUAAAACUCCAACAUGAUUUGAGUGGACUUCUGACAAAGCAAGAAACCACAGAUUUUGUACUGGAAUCAGCCUCUCACAAAAAGUUCCCAACGCACAAGAUACUGCUGGCCGCACACAGCCCAGUACUGAGGAAUAUGCUCAAGAAUUCUGAUGUUUCUUCCAUGUUUAUUGAUAUUACAGAUAAUGACAUGGAAUUACUUUUACAAUUCAUAUACACAGGCACAAUAAAAGAUGUGAUGAAGCAAGACUGUUUGAAGCUGUUAGAGAUAGCAGACAAAUUUCAGCUAACCCAGCUGUUCACAUUAACUCAGCAUGUGAUCGGAGAUCAGAUCAAUGUGAACAAUGCGGUAGAAAUGGCAGUGAUUGCCAAGAAGUAUAAAUUGGAAGAUUUACAGAAAAAAGUAUUUUCUUAUAUCGCAAACAAUCCCAAAGUAUUGGAGACUGAUGCGUGGAAUGAUCUCACUGAUGUUGAACUGACAAAGUAUCUGUUCCGGUACACUCGAUCGAUGAUGGAAUAAAUGUAUCAGGAUAGACACCAAAGCAUCCUAGAACAAGUACAAUUUUGUGGUAUUUUUCUAUAUGUGUAUAUAAAUAUUUUAAAUUA